AUGCUUUCGAACUGGUGGUCAGAGAUUCGAGAUCUCUUUACUUUUGCUGACACUUCCGGUCAUGACUUACAAGGACGAUGUGCUUGCUUUGAGCUUCGAAUUGAGGGUGCGGAGAUUGAUGCUGGGGAUUCAGUGCUUGUGAGGGUACGUGUUCAGCAACAGCUGGAAGGCACUAUCGACAGACAGGGUGUCUCCGUGUCCAAAGCAUGCCAAACAGGCUCCAAGGCGGUCCUAAGGUUGCCAUAUUCUAUGUGGAAUCAGGUGGGGCGCCAUUGCACCACCGUGCGCGCACUUUGGACACAAGUGCGUGUCCAGGAGAAUGUCGUGAUACUUGAUGCCACCGUAGGACAUGCAUUCAUUGCAGGGGAUGCUCUGUUGCGUCAGCAGGAAGAUGUGCAAGUAGCAGAGUUGUUUUGCGGAGGUUUCGCAGGUUGGACUCAGGCUGCUUGGAGCUUAUCUGACCAGGGCGUCCGUGUUCGCACUUCUUGGUUAUUGGAUUUGGAUGAUGAGACAGAAGCCCCCCUCAAAGCCCAAAUGCCAGAUCUUCAGAUUGCAACUUCUGCAAGGGAGAUUCUUGAUAUGGACCCAGCAGAUGGCCCCAUCCUUCUUCAGGCUAAUAUAGAGCACCACUGGUGGCACAAAAUCUGGAGUGUUGCGCCACCCCAGAUCAUAGUGUGCUCCCCGCCGUGUCAGCCGUGGAGUGAUGCCGGCAACGGAGCAGGACUCUCGAGUGCGGAUGGAAGACUGUUGCUGCUGGUAGCGUCAAUUCUUCGAGUGGUUCGGACUCCGGUGGUCUGUCUUGAGGAAGUUGUGGGUUUCGCUAAGCAUCCGGAUUUCCCUAUGGUUAUGCAGGCUUGGCAUGCAGCUGGCUACCGCAGGGUUUAUGAAACCACGUUGCAGCUUGGGGAAGUUGCGCCCACGCGCAGGCCCCGCCGCAUGUUCAUCUUCAUUCAUGAGACGGUUGAGCCGGCACGCGCGGCCCAAUUCAGACAGACAGUGUGGCAGGCGGUGCGCCGACCUAGUCUGGGUGGGAUGAGCGCGGUUUUCCCGGAUCUCCCUGCCACUUUGAGACAGCAUUGCACACUGAAUGCGGAACUCCUUCAGAUCUACUUGGACCCCUGGUUCCUCCCAAUGGGAGCGGGCACCACUGCCGCUGAUGCCCGUAAGUAUAGGCUGUGCACUGUUGCCCAACAGGCAAAAUGCUUCAUGGCGUGCUACCACAAGCAGCACGAGUUGCCGCCGGCAAUGUUAACUAGGGGUGGCCUCCUGUGUAGCCUCUUGGAUGACUCUGGCACCAUAAGGUUCUUUGCCUCCCCCGAAAUUGCCAGCUGCCACGGGGCCCAGCGAACUCAACUGCUGUUGCAUCAGGAUGACACAACAAUGCGCAUCUUGGGUUGCAGUUUGGCGGUUCCGCAGGCCAUGCUCACCUUGGCCCACGCUCUGCAGCUGUUCCCGCAGGGAGACAAACUAGAUCCGGCUUAUGCAGUGCACCACUGCAUUCAAACAAGGCUGCAUGCAGGUAACAGUGCCCUUUUCUUCUUGCCAGAGGGCUGGUUGUUGGUUGGCCGUUCGGUCUUGGGUGAUUGGCUUGCACAUAGGUCCCUCCGGGAGUCCCUUGAGCAGGGUAUGGACCAGUAUUGCCCCAUCUUCCAUGAACUGCAGGUUUGGAGCCAGGCUAGGCAAGGCCAAGACCCCGUCCAUCUACGUACGGUGCACUUCUCGGAGCAUAUCGCCCUUGAGGCCCUCUUUGAGACCCUGCAAUUGGAAGUUGUUAGCAAGACUGAGGCGACCCAGGCCCCUGAUUGCCCAACCUCGCGCAUCCAGGCCUAUGUGAGCGGCCUCGGCCCGGUCCGGUUUGAUGCAGGCCCUUGUGUGCGGGCACAAUGCAAUGCCCCUUUGUUGCUUUGCACGCCGUCGGGCAUGAUUGCUGUGCAGCCAUUGCGUACGGACUUCUUUCAUCAGCUUAAGUGGGCCUUUGACCGCAACCGAACAGCUACGCAAACGGCUGUGGUUUGCUUGACGUGCUAUGGGGCUAAGCUUGCACAGGUUGCUGAUUUCCCGCAGGUUUCUUUUGUAGCAGGAUCUGCGGCGGAUAUCUUUUACCCCAGGCCGUGCCUUGACUCGUCGCAUGUUCAGGCCUGCAAAGUUGAAGAGGUCCCUCCACGGCUGCUUGUCAAGGUCCCCGAGGCCUGUGCUCUCGAUUGGUGGGUCCAGCUGCCUCACCACUUGCUAGAGUGCUUGGGUUGGAUGGCUGAAACGGAUGACCCUACGGUCGCCCCGGGGGCUACCAUGCAGAUCGCCUUGCAGCCGGCCUUGCCCACACCAUUGGUGACGCCGAGUGGCUUGAAGUUGUAUUUGCGGGAGCUCUUGUUUCAGUCGCAGCUGCUGUCCCUGGCCAAAGACCCCCGCGUGCUCCUGGUGGGGCCCUUCCAGGUUCAGGUUGAUGCCAGAACCAUUGGCACCGAUGAAAAUACGGCCUUGGCCAAAACCAAGAUCGCUAGCCUCCUGCUGGAGCGCGGGGUCCCGCUGGAUGAAACCCACGCCACGGUUGACAAAGUUGUGCCUGCCUUGGGCACAGCAGCCUGUCUGCAUGCACUACGCCAGGCCGGUACACAAGCCCAAUGGCAGCAGCUGACUGUUGCCGCCAACGCCAAGGGUCACCAGUUGCCCGCAGGUGACAAUAGAACUGAGAAAGCUGCCCAACGCAUCCAGAAGGCUGUAAGGCGACAAAAACUGGACCAGGCCCGCCCGGUGCGAGCAGCAGACUUCAGUUUGGUCCCGGAUGUAUGGUGUGGCAUUGAUGACCAGCCUGUUGCGGUUCUUGAUGAGUUAGCAGCUGACAGUACGGGCGCCGUCCUUAUGGACGCCGCUGAAGCCAAUCCGCAAGAUCUUGGCCUGCUGCGGAAUAUGGGCUCGGAGGCUUUGUGCAUUGUGGUGCCAGGCCACUGCUGCCCGGAUCCCGACUCCUGUUCGGGUCGGACGAGCGUUCCCGUCUGCAACCGCCAAACAGGCCAGAGGCACUUGCUAGCUGCAUGCUACCAUAAUGUUGGUGAGACUGACAUAGUUCCGAGGUUCCAGCACGGCACCAAGGUUGACGCAGAGGAAACUGUCUGCUGCUCUUUCUCCAUGUACCAGGAUGACUUUCAGUCAGACACACAAUGGCAUGAUUUUGCGGCGGCGCCAGUCCGCUCAGUGAUCGAGGCCUUCCGUGCACGGGGCGUCGAGGAUGCCCUCCAUCACCCCUGGGCGCGAGCUUUUAGGCAAGGUGGAAAGGUGAGCCAGGCGCACCAUUGUGACCAGUUUGUCUUCUACGCCAAGGUCCCGCAGCGACAGCUCAAACCUUUGUUGCAACAAAGUGGCUUCAAUCGGGUUUACGUUGUUCCCCGCUCCUGGGACCGCCAGUUGCUAGCUGGAUGGGCUGUUGUUUGGCUCGCCGGCUCUAGGGCGGAAGUCGAGAAGCAAGCCCUCAUCGUGUCCGAGCAGCACGGCCUGGUCAGAGGCAAAAACAAGUUUGGCCUCAGGGUGCCGGCCAAUGCAUUCCGCAAAAUCUUUACACAGCUGCGGCCGGGUGCAGCGGUGCCCGAAAAUCUUGAGGUCACUGAAACUUGGAAGGUAGGCCCUUUCCCAGCGGCAGCAUCAGCAGAGGCCAUUCGUGAGUGGUCCAAACGGGUUGAUUGGCCGACUAAGGUCAUCAAAAGCCUGGGGCCCCAGUUCUGGUUGCUAGGGUCUGCAGCGGCGCCACCCGACACAACGAUGCUUUUCAACCACACGCCGGUGCUCGCAACAGCCGUCCGUGCCAGAGACACAAGACCGCCUAUCGUGCAAGCUGGCGGCCCGCUGCCAAAAGUCACUUCUGCCCCGGUGGACUCUAAAGGUGAAGACCCCUGGCUCCAAGGUGACCCGUGGAGUAGCUACCGUGCUUCUCAGGGCAGUGCUGCUCCCCGACCAACGCCUCCCCCCGCACGGGCUGUGCCACUUGACAGCGCAGCCACUGCCCGACUGGUGCAGCAAGAUUCCCGCAUCUCCGAGCUCGAGCGGAGUCUGCAGCAAAUGCGUGAGGAGCAGGCCACAGCCAACCAUGAACGUGCCAAGGACAAAGCCGCCCUGCAGCAUGACAUCCAGACGGUUCACAAUGAGGUCCAGGGCCUCGGUGCAGGUCUGCGGCAGGAUUUCCAAGCAUGGACUGCGAGUUUGAACAGCGCCAAGGCGCAGCAGGAUCAGCAGAUUGCCAAUGGCAUGGCUGAGCUCAAGGCCUUGAUACUGGCCGGCACUGAAAACAAGAAGCAGCGUGUCGACAACGACCUGUGA